AUGGCCCAAACACGCGGCGCUACUGGGAAUGCGAAGCCUCGAGUCUUCGCACCCAUCUCCACCGAACCAGUGCGCAAGCGCAAGACCACUGGCACGACUACCAAGAAGAGCACGGCUGGCGCUGGUGUCACCAAGAAGCGCGCUCCAGCAACAAGUCACAAGAGGAAGUCCAAUCUCAAGGACAAGGUCGAGGGCGCAGUCGACAAGGCCGUUGGCACGGUCGAACGAAAGCCCGGCAAGAAGGCGGCCGGCACGAAGAAGAUGAAAGGCACCGAUGGGAAGAACAGCAGGACCGCUAAGGUCAAGGCCAUCUAG